AUGGACAACUGGCAAGAUUCUGAUUAUCUAGCUUACCAGCUGAAUGGAGCGUUCUGGAUUUUAACUCUUGACAUCUACCUAAAGAGGAGAGGUCUAUGGUGUGGAGUGAUGAUGGCAUGCUGCUCUAAAGAGAUUGAGAACAUUGCAGUUGGUAAAGGCUAUAUUCUAAUCUCUAACAUCACUAUUAGACCAGAGUUUAUUAACUUUCAGCAAGAAGCUCUACAAAGGAUCAUUUCAACACUGGCAAAUAAAAAUGAUGAAAUUCAGAACUUUAUUGAUACAUUAAAUCAUACACUGAAAGGAGUUCAGGAAAAUUCUUCUAAUAUUCUUUCAGAGUUAGAUGAAGAAUUUGAUAGUUUAUACUCUAUAUUGGAUGAGGUAAAAGAAAGUAUGAUUAACAGCAUCAAGCAGGAACAAGCUCGUAAGUCACAAGAGUUACAGAGUCAGAUUAGUCAAUGUAAUAAUGCACUGGAGAACUCUGAAGAACUACUAGAAUUUGCGACAAGAUCAUUAGAUAUAAAAGAACCUGAAGAAUUUUCGAAGGCUGCCAGACAGAUCAAGGAUAGAGUCACAAUGGCUUCAGCCUUUCGCCUUUCGUUGAAACCAAAGGUCAGUGACAACAUGACUCAUUUAAUGGUGGAUUUCUCUCAGGAAAGACAGAUGCUGCAAACUUUGAAGUUUUUGCCAGUCCCCAAAGCUCCAGAGAUAGAUCCAGUAGAGUGUUUGGUAGCUGACAACUCUGUAACAGUAGCUUGGAGAAUGCCAGAAGAAGAUAAUAAGAUUGACCAUUUUAUAAUGGAAUAUAGGAAGACUAAUUUUGAUGGUCUUCCACGUGUGAAGGAUGAGCGGUGCUGGGAGAUAAUUGAUAAUAUUAAGGGCACUGAAUAUACACUAUCAGGCUUAAAAUUUGAUUCAAAGUAUAUGAAUUUCAGAGUACGAGCUUGUAACAAGGCUGUGGCUGGAGAGUAUUCUGAUCCAGUGACUCUAGAGACCAAAGCACUUAACUUCAGUUUGGAUAACUCAUCUUCCCAUUUGAACCUGAAAGUUGAAGAUACAUGUGUUGAGUGGGAUCCUACUGGAGGAAAAGGUCAAGAAAGUAAAAUUAAAGGAAAAGAGAACAAGGGCAGUGUCCAUGUUACUUCACUGAGGAAACACACAAGAAGUGGUACACCAUCCCCCAAACGGACAUCCAUAGGCUCCAGGCCACCAGCAGUAAGAGGCAGCAGAGAUCGUUUUACUGGGGAAUCAUACACAGUGCUGGGAGACACUGCAAUUGAAUGUGGACAACAUUAUUGGGAAGUCAAGGCCCAGAAAGACUGUAAAUCAUACAGUGUGGGAGUAGCAUACAAAACUUUGGGGAAAUUUGACCAACUGGGAAAGACAAACACAAGUUGGUGUAUCCAUGUCAACAAUUGGUUACAAAACACGUUUGCAGCAAAGCAUAAUAACAAAGUCAAAGCUUUAGAUGUUACUGUUCCUGAGAAAAUAGGUGUAUUUUGUGAUUUUGAUGGGGGUCAACUUUCAUUCUAUGAUGCAAACUCAAAACAGUUGCUGUAUUCCUUUAAGACAAAAUUUACUCAGCCAGUACUACCUGGUUUCAUGGUAUGGUGUGGUGGACUUUCUUUGAGUACUGGGAUGCAGGUUCCAAGUGCUGUGAGAACACUCCAGAAAAGUGAAAAUGGAAUGACUGGUUCAGCUAGCAGCCUCAAUAAUGUUACUCAGUAAUGAGUAACAUACUUAGAAUAUGUUUACCUUCCCUCUUGAUUGUGUGGCCUUUUCUGUGCAGUUACUAACCACAGAAACUUGGCAGUGGUGAAAAUCAGAUUUGCUAUGUUCUGCUUUGAGGCCUGGAAUCUGUUAGCAUUAAGUACCUAGUACAAAGCAUUCGCAGGAACCUACUGUGCAAUAUCAUAGAAGCUAGCAGUUAUCAAGCAAGAAACUGAUGUUUUGAACAGUAAAUGGGGGAAAAGGCAGUGUUUAAAUAUUUACAUAGAAACUCAUUUUUGUGUUUCUUGGUUUACUUUGGCUCUUCUAAUAUGUUUAAUUACAUAUGGUAAUCCUAGGACCUAGGAUGAAAAGCUUUUAAAUCUUGCCUUCUUUCCUCUAUCUUUUCCUUUCUUUUCUUUCUUUUUUUUUAAAUCUCAUCACUACCUAUCAUUUAGUUCUUACACUGAAGCUUUAAAAAUACAUAGUCCUCUAAGGUUUUCUAAAAAUGGAAAUAAUUGGUUGAGAUGGUAGAAAGAUUUUUUUUUUUACAAAAUGGCUUAUUUUCCCCCUUUUAUAAAUAAAUUGAGUUUUACAUAAUUAUUCUCUUUUGUUUAUUGACU